GAGAGCGAUCGCGAGGCGGACACCACCGGCGCGGGGUGCGCCGAGGCUCCUGCGCCCAGAGCGAAGGGUGACAGCCCGCGCGUCCCUCCCGGCCCCUGCCAGCAAACUUCCCAGUCUCGGGAGGCGCGGGCUGGCGGAAGCCCUGCGAGCGCCGCGGGAGGCGGCGGCGCCUGUUUGUUUUUAAAAUCGGGGAGUGCGUGCAGGCGGCUGGAGUCUAAAAGGCGACCGAAGGCGGCAGCCCGUGGCGGAGAAGGGAUAGCCGAUGCCCGAGCUCGGGCAGGAGCAGGCUCCAGGACCCGUGGAGCAUCAUGAACUGGGAGGCGUAGACAAGCUCAAGAGUGUCUCCGUGAAGAGAGAGGAGCCGCCAACCGUUCUUUCUCCCUGACCACAUCGCCCAGCACUUUUUCCUGCCCCUGUUCCGCCCCCACUGGCUCCUGGACUAGGGGGCUCCCAGCAGGACCUUCCCCUAGGGGAUGGGCAACUGGUAAAGUAGGUCUCGUUCCCCGGGCCGGCCCAGUUGGCCACACCAUGAACCUCCAGGCCCAGCCCAGGGGUCAGAACAAGCGGAAGCGUUGCCUCUUUGGGGACCAGGAAGCAGCUGCCAAGGAGCAGCCCCCGCCCCUGCAGGCCCCACAACAGCCCCCGGCCCCUCCACAGUCCACCCGAGUGAAGGAGGAGCCUUACUUUGGGCACGAGGGCCCCACAGGGGCCGCCCCUGCCUCCCAGCCUGUGGAGCUCUCCAACAGCCUGGCCCUGCUGAACUCGGUGGUGUACGGGUCCGAGCGGACCUCCGCAGCCAUGCUGUCCCAGCAGAUGGGCUCGGGCUCGGUCAAGUGGCCCAACUCCGUGAUGGCUCCAGGGAGGGGCCCAGAGCGGGGCGGGGGCGGGGGCGUCAGCGACAGCGGUUGGCAGCAGCAGCCGGGCCAGCCUCCGCCCCACUCGACGUGGAACUGCCACAGCCUGCCCGUCUACAGUGGACACAAAGGGAGCCCUCAUCCGGGCAUGGUCUCUACCUACUACAGCCACCCCGAGGCACUGAAGCGGGAGAAAGGAGGGGGCCCGCAGCUGGACCGCUACGGGAACAGCGUGCGGCCCAUGAUGCCACAGAAGGUACCGCAGGAGGUGGGGCGGCCCCAAGCGCCCUUGAACUCGUUCCAUGUGGCCAAAAAGCCCCCAAACCAAACGUUGCCCCUGCAGCCUUUCCAGCUGGCGUUCGGCCACCAGGUGAACCGGCAGGUCUUCCGGCAGGGCCCCCCGCCCCCCAACCCUGUCGCCGCCUACCCGCUCCCGAAGCAGCAGCAGCAGCAGCAGCCACAGGCGGGCCUGCCCCAGAUGCAGCUCUUUGAGAACUUUUAUCCCAUGCAGCAGCCGCCCUCUCAGCAGCCCCAGGACUUUGGCCUGCAGCCGGCUGGGCCCCUGGGGCAGCCCCACCUGGCUCACCACGGCAUGGUGCCCUACCCCUUCCCCCCCAACCCUGACAUGAACCCAGAACUGCGCAAGGCCCUCCUGCAGGAGUCGGCCCCGCAGCCCGUGCUACCUCAGGCCCAGAUCGCCUUCCCCCGCCGCUCCCGACGCCUCUCCAAGGAGGGCGUCCUGCCUUCCACCGCCCUGGAUGGGGCUGGCACCCAGCCGGGGCAGGAGCCUGCCACCAACCUGUUUCUACAUCACUGGCCCCCGCAGCAGCCACCACCCGGCCCCCUGGGGCAGCCUCAUCCUGAAGCGCUGGGAUUCCCGCUGGAGCUGAGGGAGUCGCAGUUGCUGUCCGAUGGGGAGAGACUGGCACCCAAUGGUCGGGAGCGAGAGGCUCCCGCCAUGGGCAGCGAGGAGGGCAUGCGGGCAGUGGGCGCAGGGGACUGUGGGCAGGUGCUACGGGGUGGGGUGAUCCAGAGCACGAGAAGGAGGCGCCGGGCGUCCCAAGAGGCCAAUUUGCUGACCCUGGCCCAGAAGGCAGUGGAGCUGGCCUCACUGCAGAACGCGAAGGAUGCCAAUGGCUCUGAGGAGAAGCGGAAGAGUGUGUUGGCUUCCACUGCCAAGUGCGGGGUGGAGUUUUCGGAGCCCGCCUUAGCUGCCACGCGAGCACGAGAGGACAGCGGGAUGGUGCCCCUCGUCAUCCCGGUGUCUGUGCCGGUGCGGACCGUGGGCCCGGCGGACGCGGCCCAGGCUGGAGGUGCUGACGAGGACGGGACGGGUCCUGAGCACAACCCUGCUGAACACAAGCCGUCGGUCAUUGUCACCCGCAGGCGGUCCACCCGUGUCCCCGGGACCGAUGGCCCAGCUCAGGCUGAAGACAUGAGUGUCAAGUUGGAAGGGGAACCUUCGGUGCGGAAACCAAAGCAGCGGCCGAGGCCUGAGCCCCUGAUCAUCCCCACCAAGGCGGGCACUUUCAUCGCCCCUCCGGUCUACUCCAACAUCACCCCAUACCAGAGCCACCUGCGCUCUCCUGUCCGCCUGGCUGACCACCCCGCUGAGCGGAGCUUUGAGCUGCCCCCCUAUACACCACCUCCCAUCCUCAGCCCCGUGCGGGAAGGCUCCGGCCUCUAUUUCAAUGCCAUCAUGUCCACGAGCAGCAUCCCAGCCCCUCCUCCCAUCACGCCAAAGAGUGCCCACCGCACCCUGCUCCGGUCUAAUAGUGCUGAAGUCACCCCACCUGUCCUCUCUGUGAUGGGGGAAGCCACCCCAGUGAGCAUCGAGCCACGGAUCAAUGUAGGCUCCCGGUUCCAAGCUGAGAUCCCCUCCAUGAGGGACCGCGCCCUGGCAGCUGCAGACCCCCACAAGGCCGACUUGGUGUGGCAGCCGUGGGAGGACCUGGAGAGCAGCCGGGAGAAGCAGAGGCAAGUGGAAGACCUGCUGACAGCUGCCUGCUCCAGCAUUUUCCCUGGAGCUGGCACCAACCAGGAGCUGGCCCUGCACUGCCUGCACGAGUCCAGGGGAGACAUCCUGGAAACGCUGAAUAAGCUGCUACUGAAGAAGCCCCUGAGGCCCCACAACCACCCACUGGCAACUUAUCACUACACAGGCUCAGACCAGUGGAAGAUGUCUGAGAGGAAGCUGUUCAACAAGGGCAUUGCCAUCUACAAGAAGGAUUUCUUCCUGGUGCAGAAGCUGAUCCAGACCAAGACUGUGGCCCAGUGUGUGGAGUUCUACUACACCUACAAGAAGCAGGUGAAGAUUGGCCGCAAUGGGACGCUCACCUUCGGCGAUGUGGAUACGAGUGACGAUAAGUCAGUCCAGGAAGAGGUUGAAGUGGAUAUUAAGACUUCCCAGAAGUUCCCCAGGGUGCCUGCUCCCAGAAGAGAGUCCCCCAGUGAAGAGAGGCUGGAGCCCAAGAGGGAAGUAAAGGAGACCAGGAAGGAGGGGGAGGAGGAGGUGCCAGAGAUCCAAGAGAAGGGGGAGCAGGAAGAGGGGCGAGAGAGAAGCCGGCGGGCAGCGGCUGUCAAAGCCACACAGACACUACAGGCCAAUGAGUCGGCCAAUGACAUCCUCAUCCUCCGAAGCCAUGAGCCCAACGCCCCUGGGUCUGCUGGUGGCCAGGCCUCAGAGAAGCCGAGGGAGGGGCCAGGGAAGCCACGAAGGGCACUGCCUUUUGCAGAGAAGAAGAAAAAAACAGAGACAUUUAAUAAGACCCAGAAUCAGGAGAACACGUUCCCUUGUAAAAAAUGUGGCAGGGUGUUCUACAAGGUGAAGAGCCGCAGCGCCCACAUGAAGAGCCACGCAGAGCAGGAGAAGAAGGCUGCAGCUCUGAGGCAGAGGGAGAAAGAGGCUGCGGCUGCUGCGGCCGAGGCCGCUGCCUCCCCCCACCAGACGGAAAGCGCUGGAGAGAGGGGCUGAGGCCCAAGGCCGCCUGGAGACCCAGGACUGGCCCCUCUGCCUGGCGCCCGGCUCUCCCUGCACCAGCCUUGUCAAAGCGCCGCCGGCGCCCAGGGACUUACCGAGGGAUAGAGGAGAGAUCACGUGGACUUUUCUCCGAAAAACAAACAAGACAAUAAAAUAAACAGCUCUUUUAUUUAUAAAGGCCCCAGGAGCAGUGUUAAGGGCUGCAGGA